AUAGAGAAUUGCUCUGUCUCUUUGAACAUGACGGCAGGCAUUUUGCGAUCAUCAAGACCAUAUCGUCAUGCGGCGCAAAGUCUCUCAACAAGCAAGGACACAUAUUGCAGGUCAUUGUGCCAGUUUGCCGUCUUCUUGAAUGAACUGGCCAAUUUGAGAGAACAGGGCUCGACAAGAAAAGAGCAGCAGGCAAGCUGCUUAAGCGAGAACGGCGCUUACGAGAGCAGAAGCAUUCUUUAUGGGUAGCUGAGGGCUAUCGAAUCCAGUAUAAAUAGCUUCUAGAUUUGAUUAUGAGCGGAUGUUGGCCUCUGAUCACUUGAUAACAGUGAUUGACUUGUGUGUUGUCUGCCUUUUGGCGUGGCUCAGUGAUCCGCCUCUCCAUAUCCGCUGGUUUUCCUCCGGUGUGCAAGUUUGGAAGUCGGUUGGCUCCGGUAAUCCGCUGUGCUUGAAAAGUUUCUCGCGGUAAUCCGCCGGUUGGCUCUGGU